AUGGAAAAGAAGAUCUGCUAUCGGCAACGAAGGAGAAAAGAAGUCGUGUACGACGAUAGCGUACUCGAGGACUCCUUGUCCCAAGGUGACUGGCACAUCGAGGAGAACGCAAACGUGGAUUACGAGAUUCUGCUCAGAGGAUUACGAACCUGUGCUGAGCGUGCCUCGAAGCUGCGCACGACAAACUUGGAUCGAAUUUCGAAGACCACCAAGGAAUUGUUGGAAAGAAGAAGGGCUUCGAGGCUUGAACCGAAUGCAUCGCACAUUGAGCGCACGAUCAUCCCCACUGGUGAAGCUCCACCAUGGAUUCUCCCUUCGGAAGUACGAGUCGCUAUCAAGAGCAUGAAACCUGGCACAGCCCCCGGGCCUGAUUUUAUAUCAGCAGACUUUCUUCGGGCUGGUGGCCAUCCACUUCAUGUAAUCUUAGCAGUGCAAAUGACAUUUUACCUUCAGAAAGAAAGGAUCCCAGACCAGUGGGAGACCUCGCGAACCGUUCUUAUCCAUAAGAAAGGUGACCGAGAGGACCUUCGGAACUACCGUCCGAUACGCUUGCUGAGCGUGUUAUACAAAGUAUUCACCAAGAUCAUCCUCACGCGCAUAUCUAGGACGCUGGAUGAAGCCCAGCCUCAAGAACAAGCUGGAUUCCGCCAGGAGUUCGGCUGCUUGGACCACAUCCAGACCGUGUCGAGGGUCAUAGAGGUUUACCGGGAAUACCGCCUGCCCCUUGUUCUAACCUUCGUCGACUAUGAGAAAGCCUUCGACAGCGUAAAAACGAAUGCAAUACUGUCAGGGCUGGUCGAUCAAGAUGUGGACGCUUCGUAUGUGAAGACAGCCAAUUGCUACGAUCGAUGCGCCACGAAGAUACAGCUUUUCCACCGCUCCUUCACCAUACCCAUUGGAAAGGAGGUUCGACAAAGCGAUAUUAUAUCGCCGAAGCUGUUCACAGCUGCAUUGCAAUGGAUAAUGAAAUCAUUUUUAUGGGAAGAAAGGGGUAUACGUGUUGAUGGAAGAUUUCUCUCGAACCUUCGUUUCGCGGGAAAGUUGUAUAACAACUUCACGACCAAAAUUUCCCCAUUCUACAAUGACGUCAUAACCGACGUGAAGAAAGAGGUUCGUCAAGGUGACGCAAUUUCACCCAAAAUAUUCAGUGCCACUUUCGAGAACGCGAUGCGAGGAUUGGAGUGGGACGACAUGGGAGUGAAGGUGGAACGGAUGCUGGUCGAAUUUGAUGAAACAUGUAGAAAGAUUGGUCUUCAACUGAACCUAGACAAGACGAUGUUCAUGAAGAACGGUUGGGCUUCUGAUGCUCCAUUCAUGCUCAACGGAACGAACAUGCUGAAAAAUGAAAAUGCUCAAUGA